CCCGAGUGUUGGGUGCCUCUGGGGCAAAGCCAGAAGCUGUGGACUCGCCGGACUGCACUCUGAGAGAAAGGACGCGGCGUACGGCGAGGAAGUUGCCUAGAACUCGGUCAGGCCGGCAACCAUGUCGAUGGGCUUGGAGAUCGGUGGUGCGGCCCUCUCGGUGCUGGGCUGGGUGGGCUGCAUCCUGUGCUGCGGCCUCCCCAUGUGGCGGGUCACGGCCUUCAUCGGCUACAACAUCGUGACGGCGCAGUUCACCUGGGAAGGCCUGUGGAUGGACUGCGUGGUCCAGAGCACCGGGCAGAUGCAGUGCAAGGUCUACGAUUCCAUACUGGCCUUGCCGCAAGACAUGCAGGCCGCACGGGCCUUGACCGUCAUCGCCAUCUUCCUGGGCGCUGUGGGCCUCCUGGUCUUCCUCAUGGGGGCCCAGUGCACGCGCUGCAUCGAGGACGAAGCCACCAAGGCCAAGGUCACCAUCGUGUCCGGAGUCAUCUUCCUCCUGGCCGGCAUCCUGACCCUCAUCCCGGUCUGCUGGUCGGCCAACCAAAUCGUCCGCGACUUCUACAACAGCCUGGUGCCCGAGGCGCGCAAGCGGGAGCUGGGCGCAGCUCUCUACAUCGGAUGGGCGGCCUCCGCUCUCUUGCUUUUCGGCGGCUCUUUGCUCUGCUGCUCCUGUCCCCCCAAAGAGGAGAAGUACCGGCCCAACGUCGCCUACUCGGCCCCUCGCUCAACGAUGGCCAGCUACGACAAGAAGAACUACGUGUGAAACCAUCAUCAAUGAGUACAACAGACUCCAAAACAUAGACACCAUAGGUUGACUCUGCGGCAAGGGAGUGCUUCGAAUCUGUCCCUUUGGCCCUCUCCUCUAAGAAGGUGUUUGCCUCUGACCAUCCUUUACCGAUGAUGACUCUUUUAUUCCACUUCGGAUGCUUCUGAGACUGGCGUUGGGUGGGUCAGGGCACGGUCCACAUAGGGUUGGAAUAACCGAACAUUCCCCACCGAUUGGGAUAUGGAAUCGUCAUGUCAGUAACCCUGGUAUAUAUAUAUAUAUAUAUAUCCCAGAAUCGUCACGUCCUGUCCACAAAUAUGUACAUUUGAAUGCCCUUUUUUUGUCUACUUUAUUAUGGGAGACCAAUCAGGGAGUGGGGAGGAGGGUAUGGGGUGAUUAUUUGGAGACAAGUUGGUGGAGGGAACAGACCAAAAAGUGAGAAUUCAUCACGUUGAUGGAUGAAAUAUUCAUCCGCCCAACGGUUAACUUAUUGCUGGAGAUUCAUGGGAUAAGAGAGGGAGAUUUGUCCAUGGAAUGGAGGUUCAGAGAGUGAGGAUCGGCAAUGGAUAGACCCUUUACAACUAGGAGGUUAAUCCAAGGAAAGCAGAGGUUGGUGGUUGUGGUAUGGAGAAGUGAAACGGCCACCGUCUUGGCACACUUGUCUCUUUCGAAUCCCUUUGGUUUUGAAGGAACGGUGCCAACCAUUGAGCAGCAGUCCUUUGGACUGCGGGAGAUGGGCAACCGGAGAUAAAAACUCUCCACGUGGAGCCCGUUUUGAUCUAUGGAAGAAGGAGCACUCAUGGCGAAGGGUGUGGAGGAACCUUUGUUACAUGUCCCCGAAAGCAGCCGCGGCUCAGUCUUGUUUCUAGCAAAGUUACACGGUGUUCCUAUUUGUGUCCUUUUUCUUCCCUCUCAAAUAAAAAACUUGUUUCACCCAA